UCAGUCUGCGCUGAGCGCACGUUUGGUCGUUGCGCUCAGGGCACCAGUUACCUUGUCACAGCAAUGAGUUGCGCGGGGGCGGCGGCGGUUCGCUCCCUGUGGCGGCUGCGCACGGGCGCCCUGCGGCCUCUCCCAGCUUAUGGAAGAAGAAUCAGUGUCAGAUUUUACAGUUCAGGAAUGACCUUAGACAAUAUCAAUUGGGCAGCUGUCGAUCGAAUAAUCCGGGUGGAUCAUGCAGGUGAAUAUGGAGCGAACCGAAUCUACGCAGGGCAGAUGGCCGUCCUGGGUCGGACAAGUGUCGGGCCAGUCAUUCAGAAAAUGUGGGAUCAAGAAAAGGACCACUUGAAAAAGUUCAACGAGUUGAUGGUUGCAUUUAGGGUGCGGCCCACCAUUCUGAUGCCCUUCUGGAACGUGGUGGGGUUUGCACUGGGUGCGGGAACCGCCCUGCUUGGGAAGGAGGGAGCAAUGGCCUGUACUGUGGCUGUGGAAGAGUCUAUAGCACAUCACUACAACAACCAGAUCAGGACGUUGAUGGAGGAGGAUCCUGAAAAAUAUGAGGAACUUCUUCAGGUGAUAAGGAAAUUUCGGGAUGAAGAGCUCGAGCACCAUGACAUAGGCCUUGAACAUGACGCACAGCUGGCUCCAGCAUAUGCUGUUUUGAAGAGCGUUAUCCAGGCCGGAUGCCGCGUGGCAAUAUAUUUAUCAGAAAGGUUUUAAACCCAGCUUUCUCAUCUUCAAAUAUCCACCUGCCAGCCGGUCCCCUCCAUUUGGAAGUCAGAGAGAAUCUCAAGUUCCACGUGCCCCAAGCAGAACUCCUUGACCCCCACCCCACUAUCCUGACGCCCCAGUGGCCUUCCUUAUCACAGUUAAUAGCCGCUCCAUCCUUCUGGUCCUCAGGCCAAAAAUCUCUGGAGUCACCUUUGACACCUGCUUUUAUCACACCCCCAUCCAGUCAGUCAGGACAUCCUGCAGACUCUACCAAAUCCUUUUUGCUGCCUCAGCUGCUGCCACUCAGGGCCCAACCACCCUCAUCUCAGCUGGGUUAUUUCAGAAGCCUCCUAACUAUUCUUCCUACCCUGCCUGGCCUCCCACAAUCCAUUCUCAACCCAGCAGUCAGAGUGAUCCUUUGAACCAGAAGCCAGACCUUGUUACUGUUGCUCAGCUCAGAACCCCCCCCCCCCCCCCCCCCGCCCAAGUGGUUUAUCCCACUUUCCUCAGCACAAAAGUCAAAGUCCCUAAAAUGGUCUCUAAGAACCCGCAUGAUCUGGUCCUCUGACCACUUCCUCCUUCCUCAGUCUGCUCCGGCCACACUGGCCUCCUUGCCAUUUCUCAAAAUACCAGGCACCAUCUUGUCCUAGGGCAUUUGCAGUGGCUUCUCUUUCUGCCUGCAAUGCUCCUUCCUGUAUAUCUGCAUGGCCAGAUCCCUCACCAGCUCUUGGAUUUUUGCUCGAUGUCACCUUUUAACCAGCUGAGCCACCCAGGUGCCCUACUGAUGUCACCUUUUAAAGGAGGCCCUCCCUGACCACCUUUUCCAGAACUGCAAACCCCACCCUACUGCUUGCCUCAUCCCACUUGCUCAGCUCUUGCAGUUUUUCCCCACAACACUUACCGCCUUCUGACAUAUUACAUGAUGUAUUUAGUUAUUUAUUUUUGUCUGUUUCUCCCUGCAAGAGUGUAAGCUCUCUGUAGGGUAGGGCAGGAAUCUUUGUUUUAAUCACUGACCCAUAAUAGGUGAUCACUAGAUAGUCUUCAGUGGGAUUGAAUGAAGAAAUAGCUCUCCUUUGUUAGAAGUCAUUUUCACAUAACCAGUAAUGUAAGAAUUCAAGACUAUAUGCUUCGCAGCAAAAUUCAGUAUAGAUUUAUUGAAAAGAAGCUACUGGGCCAGGCUGGGCUCCUGGGUUCUGGGUCCAUACCAUAUGAUUUGCUAUAAAACUCCAAAUCUUCCAGCCAAAAGGAAAAAAAAAAAAAGACGCUACCAAGA